AUGUCUGCAUCGAUGUGUAAAGACAGCCAAGUAGAUCCAAGACUGGCAUAUCAUCUAAGCUUGUUGAAACUUGACAGCUCCAAUGAGCAAAAGGAAAAUGCCUCUCUUGCCCCCAUUUUCACAGGUUUUGUCCUGAGACAACCCGAGCUAGCUCCACCGCAGUAUGGUCUGCUUGGAGGGGUCAAAAGUAUUGAGACGUCCACUUAUGCAAGCGCGGAGAACGAGAGCAUUAAAACGGACCCGAGGCUGUUCUUCAACGUUUCCUCGCCAUCCAGCACUUUCAUUUGCGGCUCUCAGGGCUCUGGAAAAAGUCAUACUCUAUCUUGCAUACUAGAAGGGUGCUUGAUCCUUUCUAAAGCGGGCAGACUUCUAAACCCCCUGACAGCAAUUGUUUUCCACUACGAUACUUUCAUCUGCGACGAUGGUGGUUCACCCUGUGAGGCCGCAUUCCUCGCAUCCCACUCGAACAUCAAGGUGAGGGUGCUUUGUGCUCCCACCAACAUUCUCACUAUACAGAAAACCUAUUCGAGAUUCAACAUUAAGGUUGAACCUUUGCAGAUAGACCAAGCUGAUCUGACCACUAAACGUAUGCUGGAUCUUAUGGCAGUUGGUCAAGACUCGGGGCCCGUUCCUCUGUACAUGCAUACUGUCCAGCGGAUCUUGCGGGAAAUGCGCGUUUUACAACAAAAGUCAGGAUCCCAAUUUGACUACAAGGACUUCAAGAAAAGAAUCCUUAGUUCUGGCCUUCUUCCAGGCCAGAUCGCGCCUUUGAAGCAACGAUUGGACACGCUUGAGAGUUUCAUGCACCCGCAGCAAGUGACGUUGAACAAGAAAGGAAAUGGAAAGAAGGCGAAUCCUCGAGGAGCUGGCUCGAACUGGACACCGAAGCAAGAUACCAAGGUUGGCAGAAUAGUGGCCCUUGACGAGGCUCAUAAGUACAUGAAAGAUUCUGUUGAAGCUCGAAACUUUACAGAUACCCUUCUCUCCACUGUUCGCUUACAGCGUCACCUCGGGGCCCGUAUCUUGAUUUCUACCCAAGAGCCAACAAUUUCAAGCGACCUUCUCAGUUUGUGCUCGGUCACCAUUGUCCAUAGAUUUUCGUCCCCUGCGUGGAUACGCGCACUACAGGGCCAUGUGGCUGGAGCCGCCUUGGAUGUACAGUCGAAUCAAGAGACAUCGGCCUAUGACGAUGACCACCCUGAAAACGCUAAGAUUGCUAGAAAGUUAUUAUUGUUUCAUAGAAUCGUUCAUCUCCGGGUGGGGGAGGCUAUGCUUUUUUCACCGAGUGCCGUUUUUUGCACUGCUUCAGGGGGUCGCAGGAGCUCAGGAGUCUGA